CCGAGCGUGGCGUGUGUGUGCACGAGCUUUCCAGCACCCAGCACAGACUGGACCGGGUGCGCGAUGGAGCACGCGAGUGCGGCCGACGACAGCGGCAGCGACGACGAACGACAUGCCCACCUUCUUGUUCUUGUUGCAGCAGCGAAGCGGAGACGUCGCGAGCGGCAACGCGCUGUGCUCACCGUGGCGACCUGGCGAGUUAUCCUGCGGCCAGAUUACCGUGCCUCGUUUUGGUGGCGCAUGCUGGGCGAGACGGGCCUCAAGGAACCAGCGUCAAGAGAGGCCAAGAUUUUUCGGAGGCGCUUCCGCAUCCCCUACCAGUUCUUCACCGAGCUCAUGGAACUGGUCAAGAAGAAGAAGUGGUUCCCCAUGCGCAAGAAAGAUGUGGCCGGGCGCAUGUGCAUCCCAGUCGAGCUGAAGGUGAUGAAUUAUUGAGACGCGCCGAUUCCAAAACUGGCAUGCAUGCAUCCAUCUAGACUAUUAUAUGCAUAUUUGUGUGCACACUGAGAACAAGGACAAUGUAUGGUCUACACACGCACGCACGUAGUAUGUGAAAUACAGAGUGGCGCGACUGGGUGUCGUAGGAGAGCAAGGGCAACGUAAGUAUGUACACAGUCGUACCGUAGACCGCAGGGCUUGUGCCAAAGAUGAGAAAAACGUGGUGUACACCUAGUCUAUGGAAGCUGCUGCAGGUACAUUGUGGUAAAUUAUUCUCGCCAAACCCCCCUCACGCCAUUUUCUACGUCUAUCGCCAGGGCUGCUGCUGCAGGAAGAUACUGCUGUGAUGCUCAUGCCCCUUCCGGUAUGCCAUGUUCUUUAAGUAGUCGAAAAUGCAGCGCCGCGAAUAACCUGACAACCGACGAUCAAUUCCCGCCGACCGUACACCGCGCACGACGUCUAUGUGCACAGGUCUUGUCAUCCCUGCACAUCUUGGAUAGGGGAAACUU